AUGCCUAGCGGCGGUUCCGUGGGGGAAGAGGAAGUUGACGCCAGAGGUGAAAGGCACAGAAAUAUCCUCUUUACUCAUGAAAAAAAUUUCACGAUUGAAGAACACUACAAUAAGCAAAAUGGUAAAGUGUACGUUAACAGUUCUAAAGAAGCUGCUCAAGUUGUCGGAAAGCAGGACUCUGCACCUGGUCACAAGGCACGAACUACCGAAGCCUGGCUUGAAACCAACGUUCCAGACUUUAUAAGAGUUGAAGACUGGCUCUCAUCUAGCCGAGACCUUAACCCUUUAGGCUUCAAAUUAUGGUCAGUUUUAGAGGACAUGGCCUGCUCUGAAAAACACGGCGACAUUGAGUCUCUUAAAAAAUCUUUGGAGCAAGCAGUGGCGAAAUUUCCCUUGGAAACAGUGCGUAAAUCCAUAGAUUCGUGGCCAAACAGAUUAAAGGCCAGUAUAAAAGCUACAGGUGGCCAUUUCGAAUAG